AUGUUACGAGACGAUACUAUGUUCCCUCCUCAUUUCUCUCAAUCCCCAAACUCAGAAGGUCAUCUGCUAGAACCUCCUCAACACCACACAAACGAUACCUUCGACGAUAUCUUCGGCUCCGAACCGCCCUCUCCAUCUCUCCAACCCAACGAAUUCGCACACGGAGGAAGCUGGCAUGGAGGGACACUUGGCAACUCGGAACACUCGGAUAUCCCACGGCUGCGCGAGAAACACGAGACGGAAGGCUACAGAGACGGCGUCACGAAAGGGAAAAGUGAGACGGUGCAGGCAGGUUUUGAUGAGGGGUAUGGGCUGGGUGCUGUUCUUGGGCUGAGGAUUGGAAAGGUUUUGGGGGUGUUGGAGGGUUUAUGCGGUGCUGUUACUGCGGGGUCCAAAGGGAGUGAUAGAGGGGACUGGGAGGGGGAACGGAAGAGGAUUCUAGGGUUAUGGGAGGAGGGAAAGAAGGAGUUGAAGACGGAGAGUCUUUUUGCGGUGGAGUGGUGGGGAGAGGAUGGCAUUUGGAAGUACGAUGUGCCUGGAGAGUCGAAGGAGGAAUUUGACAUAGUUUUUGAUGAUGUUGCCGCGGCGCAUCCGUUGGUGAGGAAAUGGGAAGCAGUUGUGGAAGAGGAGGUACGAAGAUGGGGCCUUGAUUUGUCGUUGAUAGAGGAUGAAGAACAACAACAACAACAAGAACACAAGGAGAAACCCACAGUGGAUGUGAAUAAUGUCAACAGUACCGAAUCUGGCUCACCGCCGACAAUUGGGGGUCAAGAAGCAGAAUUCAGUUGGUGA